CCGCAUCUCUUUCUCCGACACCGAGCGGCGGUCGUCAGUCGCGCUCGCACCGCGCCGACGAUUACGCGUGUUCGUGUGCUCCUCGCGCCCGCACCACGACCCGCGAUACUCGCUCCGCUGGCCCUCCUCACGGCAUGUGCAGCUGACAGGAACCUCAACCGGUCAACACAUCCCGCCCCAGAAAGAUGAUCCCGCGGAGGAAACACAACGUCUCGUCGGGCUCGCUGCCCGCGCCAGACGACAAGCACGCCAGCAACGACUACAUUCUGUCGGACGGCACCAACUGCGAAGGAUGGCGGACGGCGUUGCGGCGGCGGUUCAACCGCAAGACCCUGAACAAGCGGCUGCCGGUCACGGCGUGGCUGCCGCAGUACAACAUGGAGAAGGCGGUGGGGGACCUGAUCGCGGGCAUCACCGUCGGCCUCACCGUCAUCCCGCAGUCGCUCGCCUACUCUAACAUCGCAGGGCUGCCGCCGCAGUACGGCCUCUACGGAUCCUUCUUGGGCUGCUUCGUUUACAUCGUGCUGGGCGGGUGCCGCGCCGUGCCAGCCGGACCGACCGCCAUCGCCUCCCUCCUCACCUGGCAGAUCGCUAACGGCGUCAUCGAGAAGGCGAUUCUGCUCACGUUCUUAGCUGGCCUCGUCGAGCUCCUGAUGGGUGUUCUCGGCCUCGGCUUCCUGAUCAACUUCGUCUCCGGGCCUGUCUCUUCCGGCUUCACGUCUGCUGUCGCGCUCAUGAUUGCCACGUCACAGGUGAAGGACCUGUUUGCGAUCACCGUCACUGGCAACACGUUCCUGCAGCAGUGGAUAUCGGUCUUCCGCAACAUCCAUACCGCCACACUCUGGGACCCCGUGCUCGGAUUCGCUUGCAUCGGUCUCCUGCUACUCAUGCGGAAAAUCGGAAUGAUCAAAUUGGGAACAAAAUCGGAGGACGGACCGAACACCAGGCAGAAAGCUUUCAACAAAUGUAUGUGGCUGCUCGGCACGUGCCGCAACGCGAUCGUGGUGGUCGUCGGAGGAGUUCUCGGCUACUGGUUCGUGAGCACGCACGGCGCCUCGCCCGUGCGUCUGAUGGGCGCUAUUCCGUCGGGCGUGCCGGUGCCGCAGCUGCCACCGUUCAGCUAUGUGCGAGGGGACAACACCACCGUGGACUUCCUGGACAUGGUGUCCGAGCUGGGAUCCGGUAUCCUGGUGAUCCCUCUGAUCGUGCUGCUGGAAGAUAUCGCCAUCUGCAAGGCGUUCUCGGACGGAGGCACCAUCGAUGCGACGCAGGAGAUGAUCGCACUGGGCGUCGCUAAUAUCGCCAACUCGUUUAUGCAGGCGUACCCCGGAGGUGGAUCGCUAGCGAGGUCCGUCGUCUGCAAUGGCUCCGGCGUCAAGACCACUUUUAAUGGUCUUUAUACAGGUUUGAUGGUGAUAUUGGCACUGCAGUUCUUCACGCAAUAUUUCGAGUUCAUCCCGAAGGCGGUGCUCGCAGCCGUCAUUAUCUCCGCCAUUAUCUUCAUGGUCGAAUACAAUGUCAUCAAACCCAUGUGGCGUGCCAAAAAACUGGACCUCAUCCCUGGCGUCGGGACGUUCGUGUUGUGUCUGACGCUUCCUCUGGAGCUGGGCAUCCUCACCGGGGUGGUGGUCAAUAUCAUCUUCAUUCUGUACCACGCCGCUAGACCCAAGUUCUCCGUCGAGAUGCUCAAGAGCGCGUCGGGAGUGGAGUACCUGAUGGUGACGCCGGACCGGUGCCUGAUGUUCCCAUCGGUGGACUACGUGCGGCGGCUCGUGACCAAGUUCGCGAGCGGCAGCUCCGUGCCCGUGGUGCUGGAGUGCACGCACAUCUACAGCGCCGACUACACCGCCGCCAAGUCCAUCGAGCAGCUCACCGCCGACUUCCACGCGCGCCGUCAGCCCCUCUACUUCUACAACGUGAAGCCCUCCGUGUGCUCCAUCUUCGAGGCGGUCGCCAAGCCCGAACACUUCGUGGUGUUCUACGAGGACGAGGAGCUGGACCGGCUGCUGGCCGAGGACGAGCGCCUGCAGCCGCGCAAGACCCCCGCCGCCGAGCCCUGAUGCGGCUCGCCCGAGCGGCCCUCCCCGGUGUGAUAUUGAAGAUGGAACACGCGAGCCGCGAUCGGUCUCUAGAUAUAUAUAUAUGUAUAUGCGAUUGAGAUGUCUAUUUUCUAAGUAUGUACUAUGGCUCGGCGUUUCCUUCGUCCUAUUUUUAUAAUGUACCUGUUGUGAUAGAGUCGCGGCUCCGGACCCGGCGCCGGAUACGAGUUAGCUUUAAUCGGAUAGGGAACGACCGGCGUCGGCCCGAGCGCGAGGUGAUGUUUCGCAUGUAGGGAUUCGUUCGGAUCAUAUUUGAAAUCUUCGCUAUUUAUAUGAGACGCGAUAUUCGCAAUAUUUAUUUCGAAUCGUAGUUUAGCGUUGAAAUUGACUUUUAAAUUAUAGUAUAAGUGUUGACUCCAGUAGUCGUUAGGGUUUGGCCUUCCCGGCGGGGAGGGGGGCGCGGUCCGUCGACGGGCGUGUCCCCCCCUCCCCCUCCCCCACGGUACUUAGGAUCGAACAAUUUAUUUUAAAUGAACGAAGUACAAUUUAGUUAGAGAGUAAUUUAUUUUCAUAAGUGAGAAUCUAGUCUUAAGCGGAGCGCAGACCGUGCAAGCGGACUUCUAGAUCUUUAUAUAUGUGUUUUCUGCGAACAUUAGGGUUUAUUCCUUCUCCUCCUCUCCCCCUUUGAUGGGAUUGUAUAUUAUAACAUAAUACAUAACGUUAGUGCGCUGACCUCCACUCUUGUUUACACUUUUUGCACGAGGAACGUCGUAAUUAUUUUACAAUAAAAUUAGUGCGUGAACACGCUCGCAUAUUGACGAAUAUACAUACUGGUCAGGCCGUGGUGGCCGAUACUUAUAUCCGAAUCCUCCGCCGGUGUGCGUCCGUCGCGAGCACCCGCCCCGCUGCCGCUCUCGCGCCGCUUUUGACUUAACGUUAUUUUUUGUGAUCCUCGGCUAAUACUUAAAAUUAUGUAUAAGUAGAGAGAUAUAUAUAUAUAAGAGAAUAUUUUGAAUUAAAAUAGAGAGUAUGUACCUAUUACCUUAUAAAACUACCUGUGUGAUGAAAUGUAUGUGCCGUAUGAGAGUAGCAGAGAAAUAAAAUACAGUUCCAAGAACAAAAAAAUAAU